AUGAUCUGGCUGCGCCUGCUCGAGGUCUGGGCCACCACCCGCCUCCUCUCGAGCCCGGCCUUCCAUCGCGCUGUCCAGAAUGCCUACAGAAGGUUUCACCGCCUGCGCCACGGCACGCCAAUGGAAGAGAUGGGCGGCACCAAUAUCGACCGCAACCAGGGCCCGUCAUUUUUCAAGCACUUUAUCGACGAAAUCAAAGAACAACUCCGGAACACACCCCGGCGGUAG